AUGGAUAUUGCAACAGGUCUGGUGUCACUGCAGGAGCGCCUCUCCGCGGGAGAACAGUCCGAGACUUACAUCAUGCUGGACGGCAUAAAAAUUGAAGAUCACCCCAUGCGACAGGGACAGGCCACGAUGGGAGUAAUGCUCGGCUCCGACUGUCACCAUCCGUCCGUGUGUGAGGGAUGCCAGCGGCCCAUCUCCGACCGCUUCCUGAUGAGAGUCAACGACUCUUCGUGGCACGAGGAGUGUUUGCAGUGCACCGUGUGUCAGCAGCCUCUCACCACCAGCUGCUACUUCAGAGAGAGGAAACUUUACUGCAAACACGACUACCAACAGUUGUUUGUGACUAAGUGCAGCGGCUGCCUGGAGAAAAUCGCCCCCACGGAGUUUGUGAUGCGCGCCCUGGAGUGCGUCUACCACCUCAACUGCUUCUGCUGCUGCGUGUGCGACCGCCAGCUGCGGAAGGGCGACGAGUUUGUCCUGAAGGAGGGUCAGCUGCUGUGCAAGAUCGACUACGAGAGGGAGAAGGACUUACUCAGCUCGGUCAGCCCCGAUGACUCAGACUCAGAGAAAAGUGACGACGAGGAGCUGGACAUCAAGCCAGAGAAAGGGAGCCAGGGCAAGGGGGAUGAUGGGAAGGAUCCCAGGAGGCCCAAGAGACCACGCACCAUCCUGACCACUCAGCAGAGACGGGCCUUCAAGGCCUCCUUCGAGGUGUCCUCUAAACCCUGCAGAAAGGUGAGGGAGACGCUGGCCGCGGAGACGGGCCUCAGUGUUCGGGUGGUCCAGGUGUGGUUCCAGAACCAGAGAGCUAAGAUGAAGAAGUUGGCCAGAAGACAGCAGCAACAACAAGAACAACAGAAUUCUCAGAGACUUGGCCAAGGUACGAUAGAGUGCUCAUACCCUGGAAAGAGCAGGGGGAUGGGCUCCAAGGUGAUGUCCAAUCGGAUGGAGGGGAUGAUGAACUCCUUCACACCGCUGGCUCCGCCACAGCAGCAGCUGGUCGCCAUGGAUCAGAACGGCUACAGCACAGACCCCUUCCAACAGGGGCUCACCCCCCCACAGAUGCCCGGGGACCACAUGAACCCAUAUGGUAACGACUCCGCGUUCCAUGACAUAGACAGCGACACGUCCUUAACCAGCCUCAGCGACUGCUUCAUGGCGUCGUCGGAAGUCAACUCCAUGCAGGCCCGCGUGGGGAACCCCAUCGACCGCCUCUACUCCAUGCAGAACUCUUAUUUUGCAUCAUGAAAUAGAGAGGCGGAGAGGUUGAAGAAAAGGAAAGAAAACAUCAGCACAGAAUAAACUGCCCGUCUCGAUCUGAAGUGCGAUGGCCCAGGAGUUUCUACACAAACGCGUAAACACCUCCGAAGAGACGCCUCCUCGCAGCGGCUCCUGGCUUUUGUGCGGAAGCUACCUGUAAAACCACUUUUUGUAGGACACACCAGCAGAUUCCUGGGGAAAACUUAAAUAUUGUUAGAGAUUGAUUUGGCCGGAUUGCGUACAUCUGUCACAGGAGAUGUGUUGCUCUUUUCUCUGUUCACUUAAGGACAAACAAGUAGAUAUCGAAGCCACUGAUUACACACUCUCAACCCAAAUAACAGUGAAUUUAUAAAGUGCAUGAUCAAUUGUAAACUAAAACUUUUUGCAAGCCCCCUCCUCCGGUUAAGAUGUGGUGAUGUCUGGACUGUUUCUUCUCUACACUACAUGUGUGUUCACCGUUAGCAUUUUGAUCACUUUCAAUAGGUUUAGAUAUUGUGUUAAUAGUAAAUAGGUGCAGCAUGUCUGCAAGAGUGACUGUACAUUUGUGUAAGUAUGAGAGUCUGGUGAGAAAGAGUUGUUAGAGGAGCGAGCGAGUAAAAAAAAGGAGGAUCAUUUGGUGGACAAAGUAGGAUCAGUGAAGUGUAAAUACUUUCCCCAGGCAAAUUGGAUGUGCAUGUUAAAAAUGGAAAGCAUUCUAUUUAUUUAACUAUAACAGGCUCUUGAAGGUACAUAUUAAAAACUGAAAAGCUUUAUUUAAAAAGGAGAGCAUUUUUUUUUGUUGUUGAGCAAUUAGUGAGUUCAUGAGUAUCACAACUCAUCUGUAUGCUUUUUUAAUAUGAAGAUUAACCCUUUUUGUUUUUUUGUUUUCUUCAGCCAAGCUGUAAAUGAGCAAUGUUGCUAUUUAUUUCGUACAGACCAUAAAACUUUUGUUGUCAUUGUCAU